CUGACCUCCUGAUCCACCCGCCUCGGCCUCCCAAAGUGCUGGGAUUAUAGGCGUGAGCCACUGCGCCCGGCCCCAGCUGCUGCUUUUCUGUCUGUUCCUGUCCCAUUCUCACCACCCCAAACAGAGACAGGUACACAGUAGGUGCCCAGUAAGUGCGCGUGGGAUGGAUGAGUGACAGGAUGAGGGAGUGAAUGCCUCGUGGCUCGGAGCUGCAGCUCCCAGAGUGGUGAGCUUGCUGUCUGACUGUGGGCUGCACCCCGGUGCAGAAACGGGGCCACGCCGCCCUGACCCCACCAGGCCCUCCUGCGGUGAGGCUGUGGGUGUCAUGUUUGUGGGUUUAGUUCCCUGGGGCCGGCCCUGGCCCUCGCGGCCCAGCUCCACCUGCUCCCGGGAGACUCACUGCUGACACCGGACUCUCUCCUGGCCGACACUUGAUCCUGGCCCCACUUCCAGGCCGGUGUCCGUCCGACCAGCCCGCCUCGGGCCAGGGCCCUGCGACUCCCUGGGGCGGGACAAGGGGCCAUCUGUGUGGCCGUGGUGGUGGCAGGGUGUGGGAGGCCGUGAAGGUGGGGACGGUGCCUGGGCCUGUGGCUGCCAGAGCUUUGAGGGAUCAGGAGGUGGCACCGGGCCCCGUGGGUGCUGCGGGGACGUCGCCUGCCCACCAUGGGGACCCUCAGCUGCGACCACGCCCCACGGCUGGGCCGGUGCGUGACGGAGAGCCAGAUUCCGAAGACCGGCCUGAGGAAGUCCUGUGGGACGGCCACCCUGGAGAACGGCUCGGGGCCAGGCUUGUACGUCCUGCCGCCCACGGUGGGCUUCAUCAAGCACGACUGCACCAGGGUGGCCGGCCCCGCCUACUCGCUCGUCCGGAGGCCCAGUGAGGCAGCCCCUCAGGACACCAGCCCCGGACCCGUCUACUUCUUGGACCCCAACGUCACACGCUUUGGACGCAGCUGCACCCCUGCCUACUCCAUGCAGGGCCGCGGCAAGUCUCGGGGUGAGUACCGGACCCACGCAGCCACACAGGGACCCCUCUAAGGCC